AUGGCAAGGUCGCCAACAGAUGAUCCGAGAUUUAACGAUAAUACAUGGAAUUACCAUGUGGAAACCGGUGAGAGUUGUACACCUGGUGGUUUAAACGAGCUAAAACAGACAGCAAUGCCGUCUAGCGCGAACGCAACACCGGAAAACAUGUACGCGAGGAACACAUUCGGCAGUGAUGUUUAUAACAAGUCCUUUAUGCAAAGUUCCGAGAAUAGAGACGAUAAGAACUCAUUCACCCCAGUCCCGAACGUAAAUCGUAUUACCCGUCAGAACUACGGCAAUGCUAUGCUCAAUUUAGGUAACGGACAGAUGGUCAGAGUCUUCUAUGAUGAAAAUAACCAACAGCUAAUUUUCCCAAUGGCUGGUCAGUAUGAACUUUUCAAUAAUAAUCAGGGCCUAGUCGACGUGCCGUUACAAAGUGCACCCUCUCACCUUUUCACAUUGAACCAGGAAUUUACAAUAAACAAUGCUCAUGUGCAACCUUCUACGACAAUCCAACAUAGCACCUUUAGCCAGGAAAAUGUGAAUCCACCAUCAACUAUCCCAACUUCAAACUUCUUAAAGGAUGUUCUGGGUAACUGGGAGCCAAACUUGAGCGGUACUUACUCCCCAUUCGGACAAAACUAUCCACUAAAUCAUCCUGAUGCUCCCACUAUAUCAAGUAAUGGUAUUGAACCUUUGGUUCAAAUGAAGCCUGAAAACUCACCAAAGAGGAAUGAAAAUGUUCCACUUGCUGACAAUAACACCAAAAAACGCAUAGUGGCUGAAGUCAAACCAAUGCGUCCAAGUUAUUCUGAUGUAUUAGCAAAGAACGCAAAAAAUAAUCCACCUGAGGCAAAGAAAGUUAAACCUCAAAAUUCUGUGGAGAAUAAAACACCCACUAAGCUUAUUAAAACUGACAAACCCCAAACUAUAAAACAGAAUAACAAUGACAACAAAAAAUCUGACAAGAAGUUGCACUCAACAAUAUCAUCGGGAAGUGAAUCUGGUGACUUUAACACAGACGACACUGAAAAGCAACAAAAAACUAGCAAAAAAACAAAGAACAAACGUAACAAUAUGUCACGUAAAUGGUCAUCAUUAGACGACAUAACAUGUGAGGAGGGUUUGGAACAAGAUAAUGAUAGCCAAUUUGUGUUCAUUAAAACUGAGGAGAAACAGAAAAAGGACAAAAGAUUAGACCAGCCAAAGAAUGCUGAGAGCAAUGUGGAUGAAGAUGAUUUUAAUUUAGAUGAGGAUGAAGAGGCAUCUCAGUUUGUCCUACAGGAGGGUCAAAUUGAAGGUACUAAGUCUAGAAAGAAGAAAGAGGCUCGCACCCACUACAAGAGUUCCAAAGUUGUACAGGACAAAAAGAAGAGUAUCCAAACGAAAGUGAGGAGGAACAAGCCAGGCUACAUGGGUCUGGUACAAAACUAUUUAGAACGUUGGGGAGAUGCUACCUGGAAGGCAGUUGUGUGGUUUAUUUAUUUACUAUCAGACAUAUGUCGUAUGAGUCUUCAUUUAUCCUUUGAUUUGAGUACAUCCGUAUUCACGCAGACCUAUGUCAGCUCUCAAGCUGUAUGGCGCAGUAGCAAGGACUGGAUGACCACAUUUGGGAGCAACAAAUUCUUUAUGUAUAUUGACAGAAAAUUUGGCAACACUCGCUUUGCUUUUUGGCGGAAAAUGAAAUGGUUUAGAAAAGAAACUGAAACGGAGGGUGGCAGUGAUUCAACAAAGCUAAACUCAAACAUACCACUGCCAGCGACUGGUGAGGAAGCUAUGAAACGAUUGCUGGCCUGUAAAGGAAAAGAUCCAUAUAGCAUCCUUGGUGUGAGUGUGACGUGCACAGAUGAGGAGAUAAAACGCUAUUACCGCAGACAAGCAUUCCUAGUGCACCCGGACAAAAACCAACAGCCCGGCGCCGAAGAGGCGUUCAAAAUAUUGCAGCACGCUUUUGACAUUAUUGGAGAACCGGAGCGACGGGAAGCUUACGAGCAAAGAGCGCAAGAAUCGCGUAACGCGGAGGCGGCGUGGGGCGAGUGGAGCGUGCUGUUGGCUCAACUACACGACAAGAUGGAGUUCGCGGCCAACACUAUAAGAUGUACAAACUGCGGUCGCCGCCACAAACGCGUGUUAACAGAGCGGCCGUGUUACGCGGCCCGGUACUGUGCGCAGUGCAAGAUACGACAUUCCGCGAAGGAGGGCGAUAUCUGGGCGGAGUCCAGUAUGAUGGGUCUGCUAGUGAUGUACUACGCGUGCAUGGACGGCGCGGUGUACCAGAUAACCCAGUGGGCCAGCUGUCAGAAGAAGAAUCUGAAGCAGUUAAGGCCGGACUGCCACGUGGUACAAUACCGCAUCGUGCUAGGAAACAAAGCGGCCGCUGCGGACUUCCAUCCCAACCAGCGCCCCUCCACUGGCCCCGAAGAGUUUCUGAACAACUUAUACAACAAGACCGGCGUCGCACCAAAUACGAUGAGCUCUAAACCGCCGCCUGCUGAAAGUGCUGACGCGAAAAAACGGCGCAAUAAAAAACCUAAAGCUUAAAAUAAAUGCCUUGCAACUGUCCCGUUAAAGAACCUAAAAAAAUACCUCCGAAUCAUUGAUUAAACUGGCAAACUUGAUUUACGGAAACUAUAUACAAAAUAAUAGAUUAUAUUGAGUACAUACAAAAAAGAAAUAUAUUAGAAAAUAGCGUUUCUUGCUUUUAAUUCACUUUUUACGGCCGCUGGAGAAAUUUCUACAAAUGAUAUCUGCCUGCUGCUGUUUAUCAAUUAUGAAACCCUCAAAAGUAUAUACGCCUUUUAUUUAUCUAUACUUCAUCAUCUCUAAUGCAGACUAUAGUUUAUGAUUUUUUAUUGUACAGCGUGUCCCGUAAAUAAUGAAUAAAAAAUUUCAAACGUAAGUGGAAGGCACUGUUCAAUUUUCUAAAAUCACUUUGAUCAGUUUAGAGAAUAAACCAGUAGACCAGGGAGGUUUUUGUUUCCAUUAUUUUCGCGACACGCUGUAUACUACUUUUGACAGCUGUCACUGAGCUGAGUUGAGAAAUGGUCUUCUAAAAUUAUUUGUUUCACUCACUAGUACACAUAUCCUAAAAUUAACUGAGAGGUCUAAAUAGUGGUUAACUUUAAACGUUUUGUCCAUCUGUUCAUCACGGAGUAUGACAAAAAUGCUUCAUUAAAAUGGUUGGACAUCAAAAUCUCUCAACUACGUUUAAACGUUAUGAUAUCGUUCGCUUAAGUAUGUAAUUUCGAUUCCGUGAGAAAACGUUCAAUCAUUUAAAGAAAAUAACAAUGUACUACCGGUUACAGGUAAUUUAAAACCGUUUCCGGGCUAUAGUUAUAAUAAUAAGAAUUAAUAAACUCUUAUUAUAUUGCUGUAUUAUUGUCGAUGUAAUUCCAGGCAAAUAUGAGGCUUAAAACUUACGCCUCAGGUUGAUACACAGGGCGGCACUUGUUGCUCUGUUUAUAGGCAAAGGUUGUUCCACAUACAAUCAGUUGGGAAAUCUGCAUGAUAUUUCAAUUAUACCUACAAAAAAAAAUAACUUAUCAAUUGAAACCAAAACCAAAAGGACAGCAGUCUUCCCAAUGGUCAUAUAGUCGUAUAGACGCCAGUGAGUUAGAAUCCAUGUUUAGGAGUAGUGCUAUUCUUCUCGCGGGGUAUACUAAGAAAAGGGAUAGAAUAGGUUAGUUACAUCAAGAUCUCUCAAUUGAGUUUAGAGAUUUGUGCACAAACCAAGUUGGAACCGUUAUUAUUAUUUUGAUACUUUCUUUCUAUUUUUAAAUUGACUACGAAACCAAAUAGUACAAUCACGUUUGCAUUCAUUGAAAUAUUACAUUAUGUGAUCAAUAAUAAUAAUUAAAAACAAAAAAAAAUGUUUAGUUUCUUGCAUUUUACAAAACAAUGCUUUAGUUAUUUUUAGGUUAUUAUUAUAAUUGUUUUUGUUUUUAAAAUGCUAAGUCACUUGCGUUUUAAACAAAUAAGAAUAAUUUUGACUUUGUAUCGAGGAAACGUUAGUGCGUGUGAAACGAGCAAAUUCUUUUUUUUAAUAAUCUUAUUUUUUAAAUAUGAGUCGAUAAUAUUGAUGCAUAAAUAUAUAUUUAACAACGUAUAAUAAGAUCAUAAAAAGAAUCAUUAAAUUCCCAUUGUUAUGAUCACAGAAUUAUAAUUAAAUUUCUUAAUUAACUCAUUGUUUUUGACAUCUACAAGUAAUAAAUGAAAGAUCGAUUAAAUAAAGUGGGCAUAAAACGAUCUUCCUGCGGCCACAUUCUGUGGAAAGUUGCCACCAAAGAACUUGUUAAAUCUAUAUUUUGCUUUAUGAAACCUGAGUUUCCAACUGAGUUCAUUUUGACCCAAAGUAAUGUAUAAUGGUUUGGGCGAUGAUGACAACCUUCCACAGUGGCUAGCUAAAUUUGAUGUCAACUGAGAUACAGAAUAGCCCUGCAGUUCAUAUUGUAUAGUUAAUGACAUAUUUAAAAUAACUUUAUGUGCCAAGACUUGACAACUUAGGUAACUAUAUAAGAGUGAAUAGGCAUGUUCUAGGCAAGCGCGCUCCACCUUAGGCUGCAUCAUCACUUACCAUCAGACGUGACUGCAAUCAAGCGCUCGUCUUUAAACAUUAAAAAAAACUUAUGUCGGCUAAGUUAAAUACUUAGCAAAGAAGUUUCCUUGCUAAAUUCGGUCAAUAUUGUCGACUCUAUACUUAGAAUUAAAAGGGCGUAUGCCCCACUGCCUGUACCAGAGAUUACCUAUCGGUUAUAUUAUGUUAAGCUUGACAAGAUAGCUGUCGUUGUCCGUGGGCGUUCGUGCUUCAUGUGUCAGUAAAGAUGUGGAAAUGA